UAUCACGCGCCGAGAGUCCUCCACGCGAAUGGCGAAGGGCAAAGAGAAGAGCCGAGGUGGUCGGUGGCCCUGCGCUGUGAACACUGAAGUGUUGAAUGUAUUAAGCAUGUCCAAAAGCAAUGGGGGUGAAGUGGGGGUGUCAUGUGGGAACCCUAUGACACCCCUACCCCACAGUCGUGAGCAACUAUUAGGGUCCCUUUUGUGGGGGUAGACUGGACUUGGCCUGUUUGCGCAGGCGUCGGUCCAGGUCUGAAUUUGAAUCUUAAGGAGCGGUCGACCGAACGCAGAAAUAAGCUUACCACGACCAUCCUGGACAUGUGCUGGCUGGACUACCCAGCCCACUACCAAGACAGGAUCUCCCAUGACAGGACACCAUCUUUAGGUAGAGUCCAGGUCUGUCUCUGACUCCAAAAGUCAAGCUGUAGCUCGAUCUAGGUAUAUAUAGCCACUCUUGCCAGGAUGGUCCAGAUACCAACUUGGCUAUAGCGGACCUGCGAGCAGAGUAUGCGAGUUGCCAAACUAUAGAUACUAUAGCACAUUUCUGAGUUUUUGAUGCUGAUGAUGAGUCUGAAAUCUCUGAGGAUCUUCAGAAGAGGACAUGUCUCCAGCACAUCGAAGAUUUCGAUAUUGGCUUUUGUUCUCUCGACCACCCCCCAAGCAAAGCACUCUUCUCAACCAACAAAUUCACCCAACCAACAAAAACAAAUCAACUCAGACAAAAAAAACACCCUUCUCCACAGCCGUGAUUUGGCGGUUGUGGGCACUCACUUCUGACCACACGUUCUGCACGGCGCGGACAGGCGUGCAGAACGGCGCGGAGCGCGGUAUGCGCUCCUACACGGCGGGCUUGGAGGAGAUCUUCCGGCGCCUCCACGAGGGCAGUCGCCGCGGUGAGGAGCGGGCCUUGGGCUGGGCCGAGCUUCUAGACUCGGCGCUGGAUGCCCAAGUUCCCUUUAUGGAUCGAGAAGCCAUGCUCCAAGCCUUCUACUUUGGUCUCUAUGGCCUCCCACCGGCCACCGAUCUCCCCAGCGUGCCUUCGCGCUUCCGCGCCCCUGCGGGUGCCGCUGCGGGCGCUCCUGGGGCCGCAAGGGCCGGAGAAGCGUCGGGCGAGCGCCUGAAGCGUCUGGCGGGGAACCUGCAACAGCUGCAGAUCACACUGCAGGAGGCCUUGCGACAGGUGAACUCUCAACGACAUCCGGGCGCCUACUUGUUGCUCACCUGUCAUUUGGGCAGAGAGAGGCCACCGGGCUGCCAGAACUUUCCGUGGCUUUUGCUGGGCACGCUGCUCCUCUUGAUUGGCUUGCUGUGUGGGCCCAGCGGGAACACCGCAGGCACCGCAGGCACCGCAGCUCGCGCGAGCCAGCCGGGGCCAGUGGCAGAGGCCUUGGAACUCCGCGGCGCGGCUGAGGAGAUCUCGGUGCUACCCACCCUACUGGCCGUGCUCUUGCUUUCCGUGGCCCGGAAUGGCUGCGAAUGGCCUGUGGCGGUUUCAUUGCUGGGCCUUUCGUUGCUGGGUGCGUCGCCGCGGGUGUCGGGGGGGUCACCGGUCCUCGCAUGGAGGCCUGGCUGCGGACAUUGCGCUCUGGGACUCGCCCACCUCCGGUGCAGGAGCCAGUUCCAGCUACCGCCGAGGUUGUGGGUGAAAGUGCCGUGUACAGAGUGUUGAAGGUUGUUUGGUGUCAAAGUUCCAAGGCAGAGACUGAAUCAAUGUACUGUCAGUUGUUGAAGUCGAAACGCGUUUUUGGACAACUGUUAAACGUAAAAGGGAUCCACUGCCACCUUCUCAGGUUCAGUACGACUGGACCCUGGACUUUGAUCUCCAUGCCUAUUAAACAUGUUGAACACAUCGCCGUACCUCAGAGGGUAUGUGGAUCCAUAGGCUCAGAUGUUGUUCCUCGAAACAUGCACACUCUACCUUCAGUCUGAUCCAGCUUUUCAUGAGGUCAUCUUCCUAUUAGUCGGUCAGGACCGACUCGUAGUGUUUGGCCGAGACCAAGGGACCCUUGUUGAGAGAUCGGUCGAAUUGGGUGUUGUUUCGUCUCAACUCUUUUCAUGCCAUGAGCGGCGUGGCGAAUGCAGCUCGGCUGUGGUGGCACGGGGCGAAGACUUCCCACCAAACCACGAGGGUUCAGCGAAAAAAGACCCUGAAAUCCAUGGGCCGUCGGACGCCGAGCCAAGGGGUCGGUUUGCUUGUGAAGAGUCCAAGGGGUCGAUCAACGUGGCCGAGUGGCCGAUGAGAAGCUGCACCUUUUGGGGAGGAUUGGUGGUGCGAAGUUCUGUUAUGAUAAUGACCAGUUGUAUACCAG